GAUUUUCUAGGCCAGAACUCACGAUGGACUAUAACUUUGGCAUCUGACUUGCCCGGUGGCAUAUACCAGUGCAUCGCAGUGUCAGACGACGCUUCCGCCGGCGACAGCGUCUUCAUCGCUGCUAGCCGGACCACUGACUCAUCCAGCGUGCUCUUCGACCAGGCCGAGCACAUGGCUUCUGAAAGUGCAAGAAGUGGAACGAAAUUGCCUCAAAUACUGACAGGCCCUCGAAAUUUUACGGCCUAUGCGGAUUCGUCGUCCAUAUUUUUGUGCAAAACUGCUAACGCUGACAAAAUAGUUUGGUUAAAAGACAACGUAACAGUUUCGGAGCACAAGAGGUUCUCAAUAAUCGGUUCAGGGUCGCUGAAGAUCGAAAGGAUAACGAACGAUGAUCAGGGGCGAUAUACCUGCAUGGCAUCGAACAUGUUUGGUUCAGUGUCAAGGAGCGCAUGGCUGAAAGUAGAAGUGCCGGAAGGAAGGCUGAGGAACGUUGGUGACUUUGGCCAGCGGUCUAACGCUGACCGCAGCGACUACGAAUCGUGGACUGACGACACGAGACCAUCGGUCACCCAGAGUGCCAAGAUGUACCUGAAGCACCGCCACGUUCCAUUCGACGCCCCACAGGUCUUUCAGGUGUCGAACACGUCGAUCCAGUACAAGAAGCUAAAGUCGGGCGAGGACUGGCAGACGGUGGAUAUCAAUUUACCUCAUUACUCUGCUAGUCACGUCGUCGACCACCUCGUUCCAGGCAACUACUACCGUUUCCGCGUCGCCGUCAUCUACGACAACUACCUGCAGAGCACUAGUAAAGCGUCGGUCAAGUUCACUCUGGACAAGACGACUUCCGUCAAGCCUCCUUCAGCUGCACCAAUCGCGCUGAAAGCCGUCUCCAAGUGGCCAGACGCCAUCAAAAUCGAAUGGCAGUACCCUAGCGAAGAAAUGACCAAUAUCGACGGAUUCGUCAUCCGCUUUCGUCGCAUAUAUUCCGGCGCUGGGGUUGCUUACGAAAACGAAACGAUACCAGGUGCGACCACGCGAGAGCAUAUGCUUGAUCACUUGCUGCCCGCGACCCCGUAUGAGAUCAAAGUCGUUGCCUACAAUGCCGCUGGACAAACGCGUUCUUCGAAUACCGUCGUUACGAACACUUUAAGUAAGUAGUU